GAUAUCUUUAGCUCAUGUUUUCUUGUUUCUUGUGUACAAAAGUUAAAAUAGUAAGAUUAUUAAAUGGAUUUAAGUACAUUACUGCAACGCGCCACCAGCUUGGCUAAGCAGAAUGUGGUCGAUUGUGAGCUGCCUGGCGUGGAGCGAACGCUCCAACAAGUGCUUCAGGCAACGGAGGAGAUGCACAGCCGUGUUACACAAACUGGCGCCAAGGAAAUGCAAGCGCAAAUGCUUCUUGGCUCGAAAGGAAUUGAUUUGCCAAAACUAAACCAGAAACUUGCGGGACUGAGCUCUGGAAAAACCUUUGAGCCGUUGGAAAUUGCUGGCGCCGAGACAGAUGUAUGCACGUUUUUGAAAAAUGAGCGUGAAAACGCUAUACUCUCUGUCAUAGAGGAUACAAAUAGAAAUAUAAGUGAUUCUGUAAACAAGCAAAAAUGGGGGCAUUUGACUAACAGUUGGAAUGAGGAAAAAACGCGCCUGCUGGACGCCUUAAUUGGUCCCUCUCAGAACUUUAUUGACUUGCAGCGCCUACCCGAGCAAACCAUACUUAAUCCACAAAGCUUGCCAAUGUCCUGCCUUGACAAAGUGGGUUUGCUGUAUGCCCAAGAGCUGUGCCAUUACAAUACAUUAGUCUUGAAAGGCCGCGACCGUCCAAAUUUGUUACAAAGAUUUGCCCAGCUUGUUAGCACAUUUGGUGAUGCGCGCUUAACAGACAUGUGGAUUCAGUUGUCAUGUGUAACGCAGACGAGCGAUAUACCAUGCAACACGGACCCCAUCAAGCGUCGCCACCAGCAGCCAGAAUUUGUCUCGAAUGCGAAAACGUAUUUGGAGCGACGCUAUAAAGUGUACAUGAGCUCUGUGGUGGGAACGGCUAGCAGCACUGACAACUAUCAGCUUGUGCGUGCCUAUGUGCAUCGACUUUUUAGUGGACAGCAAACAAUUGGAUUGGUGGACACUGCUGGCGGCAGACCUCUAUGGCCACUAAUCUAUUAUAGUUUACGCUGCGGAGCUAUUGAUACGGCUCUAGAUUAUUUACGUGAAGCGGGCUCCAGUUGUGAAGACUUUGCGCAAUUCAUGACAGAACGCAUUGCGGGCGUUGUUAACUCGAAGAUUGAAAAUCAACUGAAGCUGCAGUAUGCGAACAAAAUUCGCAACUCAACAGAUGCUUACAGGAAAGCGGUUUACUGCAUAUUGCUGGCCUGCGAUACCAACGAAGCACAUGGUGAAGUGGCGAAAACCAUAGAUGAUUUUCUCUGGCUUAGAUUGGCCAUGCUUCGUGCAGGGGAUUCCACUGGUUAUGGCCAGUUGCAGUCGUUAAUCGUCGACAGCUAUGGCGAGAAGUACUUCAAUGCUGGUCAGCAGGCUCAUAUAUAUUUCCAAACCUUGGUACUUACUGGGCAAUUUGAGGCAGCCAUUGAGUUCCUCUCGCGCACGGACAUCAAUCGCGUACAUGCUGUACACAUGGCCAUUGCACUUAAUGAGUUGGGCUUGCUUGGCAGCGUUCGCAGCGUUGCCCAGCCACUGCUCACCAUCGAUAUAUUGGACCCGACACCAUUGAGACGUCUAAACCUGACGCGACUUAUACGUCGCUAUGUUGAACGCUUUGAGGCCACAGACACUGCCGAGGCACUGCACUACUUUUACACACUACGCAAUCUGCAUGAUCCCAAGGGACACAAUAUGUUUCUCAAAAGCGUCUGUGACUUGGUCGUAGAGAGUGGAGUGCUGGACACUAGCAAAUUUGAUUUAAUAUUUGGGCGACGACACAGCGAAGAAAACGUCAUGAGGGGACUGUUCCAAGAGUUCAGCUGCGCUGACUUUGAUACACAUACAAUGGCAGCCUUGGUAGCCGAUGAGCUAGUGGCUCGUGGCAGCUUUGAGAUGGCUGUGCGUCUUUAUGAUAUGGCUGAUAAAUUAAAUCUGGCACUCAAGCAUAUAUGUAUAUUGCUUGCCCAGGUUGUUCAACAGCGGCCAGUAGAGGGUGCACUGCGUGCCCGCCUCAGUUUGGAAGCUGAGCGUUUUGCCACACGUCUGCUUGUGGAGCAAGUAGAUGUGGAGCCUAAAAUAUUAGCUAGCUUCACACUACUGCGUGAUUUGCUCAAAUUUUUCGAUAGCUUUCACGAAGGCCAGUCCGUGGCAGCAAUGCAAAGACUUGCGCGUACAGGACUAGUUCCUUCUAAUAUUCAGGAAGUGGACAGCUGUUUGGCCAAUGCUAAGAGACUCAGCGGAGAGGUCAUCAAGGUACUCCCCGAAGUAAUGGUGGCCGCCAUGGAUCUUACACUUACUCAAUAUAACCAACUGAAGUCAGAAGCGAAUUCUGGAAGCAGCAUGCAGCAGCGUCAGUUACAGCAUCUGCGUGAACGUGGUAAAGCUAUUGCUAAUAUGGCAGCCACAAUGCCUUUGUGUCCAACAAAUCAGCGUUUGCUGCAACUUAUACUGCAAAUGCAUUAAAAAUAAAA